AUGAAAGAGCUGUUCAUCAAUACUCUACAAUCCUUCAACGAGUUAACAGAAGAUGAUCAGAAAAAGUGCAAGGAGCUGUUCGAAAGACCUCUCCACCCCAAAAUGCAAGAACAUAAAUACAUGAAGUUUACGCAGGAAAUUCUCGAUAACCACCCAAAUGAAAGUCAGGAGAAGCCGUAUUUCUUGACUUUCCAGACAAUAACUUUGCACAUCAGCUACAGCGCUUUAAUAUUUAGUCUGUGUGGCGUUUUCGAAAGUUUCCAUUUAGUCAUUUACGUCGGAGUUUUGGAAGAUGAAAAAGUACAAGAGAAGGAGGUAUUUAUUAGUGAUAUUUUGAACAACUUAAUAACAAACGAGUUGCCCAAGUUGAAAAGUUUUACUAUGAAAUUUGUUCUACUUCACAAUAAUGUGAUCAAUAGAAAUGUGGUCAAGAUUUUGUCAGACAUGGAGCCCAGCAUCUGCAGUCAGUUUUUAUUUAUUGCUGAUUCGGGAUAUUGGAGAUAGCAUAAUCCCUAUGCUCAAAAUACAUGUUUUGAAAUAUUAAACACUUCCAUAUCCGCAGAAAAUAUAGAAGAAAUAUUCAACAAGUAUAGGAAGAUAGCUAACACCAAGAACCUUCAAUAUCUGGAACAGUUUCUAACGGACUUCUAUAACCUAUCCCGAGUACUACUGGCCGACAAAGUAUCCAUAACACUGCACCUUUGCACCUUGGAUCGAGUGGAUAAUUUUGAAAUUAUAAUCCACAACCACAUGAAGGCCUUUAAGGAACACAUAAUAACCCGAAAAUUGAUCUUUCAACUCUUGAGGGCAUUGAUCAUAAUCUAUGACCGCUGAAGCAGCCAGGGCAUCGAACUAAAAAUG